CGCUUCCAACCCCACUGCGCAGCCAUGUGGUCCUCUCAUUUUCGUCGAUGACAACAAAAGGCGUAGAGUGCUUGGGGCCGUCUUCCGGUAGGAGGACACGAAGGGGGGCCGGCGACAUUUCUAUAUGCAAAACGUUUAUGGCACCAAGAGCAACGUCGUUGCCAAUUCGAAAGGGGCACUGUUGGACCUCGAAUUGUGUGAGGGGUUCGGAGCGGGUGCUAUGAACACCCCGUUCUACAGAGAACUCGUUCUCGGGGGCGGUUUUGUUUUGGCGCGUAAAUUUUUCGACAAGUUGGCGGACAAGAACAUCGUUCUCGACAUCCCCUGCGACGUCGGCCCCUCCCAAGAGCUCUCAUUGCUGUUAAGGCUGUGUGGCGGUUGCGAGUCAAGCGGGGCAGCGGCGGAGGGCGGUGAUCUCGGUUCUAGUCCCGCUACUCAGCUGCACCGUGGCGAGAGCCGAGGUCAGUUCGACGACAGCGAGGAUGAGGGGCCUACUCCACCAUUGGGGGACACACAGCGGUCUGGGUUGUCUGCUCCUGGGGUUCUGAUUGACGCUCCGGUUCGACAGGAGAGUACGGCACCUGCAGGAAAGGUGGCAGCCUCUUCGGAGGUCGACUUGGAGACGAGCGCGGGCCAAGGUGUGGAGGAGGGAACCGCGGGCGACCGGGGCACGCAAGGCAGUCCACAGAAGAGGAGGGGGGAUCGUACAGACGAGUUUGCCGGUUCUUCGAAGAAAUUGAAGAGCAAGGCCCCGAGGACUGCGGGGGAGAAACGCAAGGGGACCGAGGGAGAGCAGGGCCGGCAGGGUGCCAAACGUCCUGCUUCGAAACAUAAACAGGCUGCGUCAGGACCAUCCACUCCACAGACGCCAUGGCCUCCCAUCGAUGUCGACGCCGGGUACUUCCUCGAGUACAGAAACAGUGUUCGGACAAAGCGGGAGUUCGAGAUUAGCCCUGCGCAGGUCGUCGACCUCGGGGAGUGGGAGGACCUAUACAACCAGCGGUCCCUGGAUCCCGUGCUCGUGGAAGGGAUCAAAGAAGCGAUGCGGUUGGCGUUCGAAAACAAAGAGCAGUCUUACCAGUUGCCAACCUUGAAGCUGGCAUCGUUGGGGCUUGAUAAACCGACUCCCGGGACCAAGGCACAACGUCUGAGGCCGGAGGAUUGGAGGGAUGAGCUGGCGGGACAAUACUACUACGUCGCGGUCCGGAAGUGGCGUGAAUUCGGUAAUGUCACGCUCAAUAUGACGCCGCACAACAACUUGUGGAUUCUGGCAGAUCAGAAGGGCGAGGACGCCAUCAAGAAGCAAGGCGCUGCCCUGCGUUCUUAUUUUUCACUGGCGAUGGCAUGGGAGAACGUCUGGAAACUGGCCGUCGAGUUUUUCGAGAAAUGGGAGACAGGUAGAUUGCUUGGCCACGACGGCGCUAAGUGGAUCAUGAGAAAGAAGAAAGUCAAAAACGUGAAGCCCGGGGUUGCCUACAUCGACAAUGACAAGCUGGGCAAGAUGGAGGUCGUGUACAACGUCCUUGUGGACCCGCCAACGAAGAAAGGCAAAAAGGAGAAAGAGGAGGGCGAAUGGUUCGUGCAAGUGCCUGAGCCAGACACACAUUGUUGGAAAGCGCUGGAGUCGCUGACCGACAACGAGAAGUGCCGCGUCCUGAAGAAGGUGCUCGCUUGCGAGGUGGUUUGGGUCCAGGCCGGCUCCCUGGCGUUGGCGAAGCUCGGAAAGCUGAGCGUCCAGGCGAUGGUGCAUUUGGUGAAGUGCGACCGCGUGCUAGUGCGUCUGUGGAACUACUACCAAUUCAAGCAUGACAAGAGGCCGGACGCGAAUUGGAGCCAUAAGUACCCGUUCCUGAAAACAAGGUCCGCAAUUUUGAAGCAGCGCGAGAGUCGUGGUUUGGAUGCUGAGUUGUGGGACGACAGCAGGAAAUACGUCACUGACUCCUCGUUGUUCAAUGAAGACGACACCUUCCCCCUUCUUGCUGACGGAUUCAAGAAGAUUGACGAAUCGGGCGGGGUUGCGUUCCAUGUCCCCGUACACACUGCCCCGACGUGCAGGCGAGAGGAGGAGUUGAUGUUCGGCAGUUACUCUUCCUUGAUCUCCACGGAAGACGAGGAGACCACCAACAUCGAGUUCGACGCAAACACGAACGAGGAGGGCAGCGACACCGAAAACCUCGACCUGCACUACUACCCACAUCCCGUGCAGCACGCCACAGGGUCGUCCUUGGCAGGAGUCAUCCAGCCGGUGAUCCAAAAGGGCGACUGGAUCAUGGUCGUCGUUGUCCCGGGCGGAGGAUGGAUGCCCCUCCCUCGUGGGUCGAAGUCUAACUUCCUCGACGUCGCUAGAAUUGCGGUCCUUCAAAAAGUGAGGGCCGAGAAUGACUCAUUUGCACCCGACGACAUGUCCAUCAUUUCCACAGCCGGGCGAUUGUUCAACGAACUUCAGGACAAGUGGUACUUGGAACUGACGGAGGACUACUACGACCACGAUACGAGCCUCUCGAAGGGAAAGGUGGAAUGGAAAAUCCCACCUCCCAGUGGGACGCAUGUGAGUCCGGGGGCCCGGGGAUCAGACGGUGGGGAGGACGAGGGCAACAAGGCUUGGGGUGGCAAAGGAGUCCCGCCUGGUUCGGAGGGCGGGUCUCACUGUGACACCACGACAGCGGAAGGCAGCGGUGUGGUGGCGGGGGAGGCCUUCGGGCGUCAUCAGUCCACCGUUCCCGGUCCGGAGGGCUCGACACAGUCCGCCGACGUGCCCACUUCAUCCGCCGGCUCGGUGAUGGCAGCCGUGGUUGCUCUCCGUGCCGGCUCGGGCGAAACGUGCAAUUCCGCCGGGAUCCGAACUUCAAUGCUUGCGGAGCGGAUACAGAGGACAGACGCGCAGAGCUGGUCGGGAGCGGGGGUGCCGAGUCCUGAUCCCAAAAUUGACAGCGGUGAGGGUACAUGUGGAGGGCCUGGCGACAGGGAGACGGCGAAGUUCGUCGGGCUCCGAACUUCUUCAGGCAAGGGGGGGCGACGAGGGAUUGUGGUGGCGGCGGGAGGGGCUGCGUGCGUGGAGCCAAAAGGGCAUUCGUCGGAAUUCAACACGGGUUCGGGCGAAGUGGCUGGAUUGCAUGCAAGGGAAGGAGGCAGUGUAAUGGACGAAGAGAAGGAAGGGGAGGAAGGAGACAAAGGGGAGGAAUGGGAGGAAGGAAGGGAUGAAGGGGAGGAAGAAGAGGAGGAAGGGGAGGAAGGAGAGGAAGGAGGAGAAACGGAGUUGGGUGAGUUGUUCGGAGGGAAGGAAGGGGAAAAAGGGGACGUCGAUACUGGAGAUGACGGACGGACGUUCCUUGACGACGAUGCCAGAUCUGGGAGUUGUCUGCCCGAUUCGGGCAACUGUAUAGAGAACAUCGCGAGGAAGACGACGACGACGAUGACACGGCAAUGGAGAUGGAGACACAGGUGGUCACCAACUUUUCGGCAGAACAUGAUAACUAUGAGGUCCAAGCAAUGAUGUAUGCCGUCGAUCUCUAACACCGGUUUAACGAGGCUCGUAUUGCUGUCAGUCUGUCUAAACCGAGUGUCCUUAUAGACGUC